UGCCACGUUUCCGGUGGGGCAGCCAUCCAAGGACUGGGGAAAAGCGAAGCGAGGAGUUUUUUUCAGUGUCAGUGAGAAAAUAUAGGCCAACGAACGGAAACGUAAAUUCUAACGGCUUGGAUCCUGAUUUGCAGCUAGAGGUCUGGCGGCCAGGUCCUGUGAUAUCGUGGUAUAACACAGAUCGGAGUUUUAUUCAGUAGCAAGUCGGAGGCAACCAUGGCGUCUGGCAGUACGAGCAGCGAUGAGGAGAGGAGCCUGCGGGAGUGUGAGCUCUAUGUGCAGAAACACAACAUCCAGCAGCUGCUCAAGGACUGCAUUGUCCAGCUGUGCACUUCUCGGCCCGACCGGCCCAUGGCCUUCCUCAGAGACUACUUCGAGAGACGUGAGAAGGAGGAGGCGAAGCAGAUUCUCAGCCAGCAGAAGUCAAGCUCUCGCUCAGAUUCACGGGAGGAUGAGAUUUCUCCUCCGAUGAACCCUGUCGUGAAGGGUCGCCGACGUCGCGGGGCUAUCAGUGCCGAGGUCUACACCGAGGAGGACGCUGCCUCCUACGUCAGAAAGGUUAUUCCAAAAGACUACAAAACAAUGGCAGCCCUGGCUAAAGCCAUUGAAAAGAAUGUACUUUUUGCACAUCUUGACGAUAAUGAGAGAAGUGACAUCUUUGAUGCCAUGUUUCCAGUCACCUAUAUUGCAGGAGAGACUGUUAUUCAGCAAGGCGAUGAAGGUGAUAACUUCUAUGUCAUUGACCAAGGUGAAAUGGAUGUGUAUGUAAACAACGAAUGGGUGACCAGCAUUGGGGAGGGAGGCAGUUUUGGAGAGCUGGCCCUGAUCUACGGCACUCCCAGGGCGGCCACUGUGAGAGCAAAGACAAAUGUGAAGCUAUGGGGCAUUGACAGAGACAGCUACAGGAGGAUAUUGAUGGGAAGCACUUUGAGAAAGAGGAAAAUGUAUGAAGAAUUCCUUAGUAAAGUGUCAAUUUUAGAGUCUUUGGAUAAAUGGGAGCGCUUGACAGUGGCAGACGCCUUGGAACCUGUACAGUUUGAGGAUGGACAAAAGAUUGUGGUUCAGGGAGAGCCUGGAGAUGAAUUUUUCAUCAUUCUGGAGGGUACUGCAGCUGUGUUGCAGCGCAGGUCAGAAAAUGAAGAGUUUGUGGAAGUCGGAAGGCUGGGCCCUUCAGAUUAUUUUGGAGAGAUAGCUCUGUUAAUGAAUCGUCCUCGAGCUGCCACUGUGGUUGCCCGUGGGCCUUUGAAGUGUGUGAAGCUUGACCGACCUCGGUUUGAAAGAGUCCUGGGUCCGUGUUCAGAUAUUCUAAAGCGAAACAUCCAACAGUACAACAGCUUUGUAUCAUUGUCUGUCUGAGGAUAGCUUCUUCCCUUCAUACAGGGUCCACCAAUGCAAUCUGCUUUAUUUUUGUUUGUUUCACAUUUUUCGACGCCCAGCUUUCCACCAGCAUCACUGCUUUGUCUGUCUGUGUUUACACGUACCCAGUGCAACAUAAUACAUUUAUAUGCAUUGUGUCUUUUCCACAUGACCGCAUUUCUAGCAUUCUUUAAAAAAUGAACAAAACCUCAAUGAAUCUUUCCCACCAUUUCUUUUCAUCAAUGUGCAGAUGAGUGCAGUGUCAGAUCUGUUUGACUUGGUUUGAACGAGUGAUAUUGCUGAUAGAAGCUACAUUAGAAGAAGCCGACAUAGAGAGGGACAGGGCAGAUAUUUUAAAACUGUUAAGUGUUUCAAGGCUAAAAACUUUUUAAGAAUCUUUUGAAGUAAUGUUACUGUUUAGUAUUUUGAAAUUUGGCAUCUGUAGCUAAAAGCAAGUGAACCACUGUCUUUUCAUGUUUUAUAAUGGUUUGUUUUAAGGGUACUAGAAGUGACACCAGUACGACCUAGGUGACAUACUCUGCCAUUUUAUUUUAAUAGUUGUGUGCACACACAUAUAUAUAUAUAUAAUGGUUUAAAUAACCAUAAUCAAUAUUUUUGCACAGUUCCAGUGGUAUAAAAAAUGCAUACAGUGUUUUGCACCUGCUUAUUUUCAUUUCUGCAGUUAGUUAAUAUUGUACUAAUGUUGUGUCAUCUAAACGCAUAAAUGUAUGCUUUUAAAUAUUCCCUCCUUCAUGUCAUACUUGGGUUCUUCUUGUAAUUUGUUUCAACAAGUUACCCAUUCUUUUUUCUAUUCAUAGAUCCUGAAGAGAGAGGAAAGGGUGUCUAAUUUUAAUCUUUCCUGUAUGUUGUUUUUUGGCUUGAGUCAGUAACAUCUAACCGAACAGAAUAUUUUAGGUAUAAAAUGUAUAGCUACCAUGCUAGUGCCAAAUAUUAAAUGAUGGUUCUUAGCAAUGAUGCAAACCAGGAUCUGAUAGAAAGGGGCAGUAUAUAUAUUUUGCUCUCCUGUAUUUAUGGCAGAAGAACAGAUGUUAGAAAAGUAGAGAAAAUAUUAAAGGAGUACAGUAAGUUGGCUGAUGGCAAUAGUUCCUUUACUGUAAUAAACAAUGAGCACCAUACUGUAAGAAUAGAGAACUGACACCUUAUCGUGUUUCUGUGGCUUUGGCAUUUGGUUGCUAAGGCAAAUUGGCAGAUUUAUAAUGAAAUAAUGUGACCGAGUAUAGUGAGGAAAAGAUCAAAGAUUAAGAAAAGAGGCACCCCCCAGACUUAUCAUUGACAACAAUGAAAAGGUUUUACACAUAAGCUUAAGAGUAAAAGCUUAGAAUGAAAGUUUUUAUUAAAUGUUUAAGAUGAUUAAUUUAAUCUUACUGUUAUCAAAAAGAAGGAAAAACUCAUCAUUGAGUCUUAAAUGUUAUUUCAGUAUUUACCGAUUUUUGUGUUACUUUUCUCAGUAUGUACCAAAUGAUGAGCAGUUUUUAUCAUAUUCCACAGUCCUGUAAUAUGUGUAAUCAUGAUAUAUACUUUUAUUAUUGCAUAUAGAAUGAUUUAGAGUAGGAUUGUAGUUGGGAGUGACAGCAAGCUAUAAGCAACUCAGUGAAAAGUUUAAAGUUUUUUUUAAAAAAUGCUUAUUUUUCCAUAAAUUAUAUUUUAUGUGCCCAGUGCCAUGACUUUACUAAACAAUAUUAGGUCUGUUAUUAGCAAAGGAAAAUCACAUCAUGUAGUUACAUCUUUGUCAGUCAUGGGUCAAUUUUUAUGCACAUUUAUUCAUGAUUUAUUUUAUUAAAACUUAACCUCCAAGUGUUUGAAUAUUUUUUCUUGCUAAAUAUCAUAAGUGAUGGAGAAGUAAUAAAAACUGUGAAAUUAGCAUUUAAGUAAAACAAAACUUCGUAUUCCACCAGAUCAUGUUCUAUGUAGACAGUAUGUUGUGUGCAGAAUAGGAUGAUUAUUCUACUGUCAGAACUGAAGAAAACUUUUACCAGUAAAGCGCAUUUAUAAGAAAAGGUCAGUUUUUUUAUUAUUUUUAAUGUUUAUUUUCUGACACCAAAAUUUGAACUAAACUGUGUUAAAAUAAAUGAGAAUUAUCCAUAAUAAAUAUAACAUCGGUUGAGAAAUGUUGAAAUACAUUUCAGUUGUUCUUCUGUAUGUGAUCUAGACCCUUGUGGAGAUUGGGGUCUACUGGGAAAAGUGUUUAUUAUGGCAAAGAAAGAUGUCAAUUAGUCCAGAAGUCAUCAGAUGGAACAAUCUAGAGUUCUGUUGCAUAAAUACUUUUGUAAAUGUGAAAGUGAUAUAAUUGAGAUAACAGCUGGAUACAGUUUAAUGAAAAGCUCUUCUGAGUAUUCAAAGAGGGUAAUACUUGAAGUACCUUUACAAAUGAUGGGAGAAAUAUUUCUAAGUCUCUGUUACACAGUUUCAAGAAUUAAAAUACUUUUGUCCAAAGUAGUUUUUAUCAGAAAUCCAAAUUCUUAUCAAGUUUUCCUGGGAUACUUGUGGUCCUGAUAACUUGGUUAUUAUAUUGGUUUUACGCAGUUAUAUUUACCUCCUUUUAUAUGAACAGAUGUGCAGUAAAAUAAACUGUAGAAUACAAUAAACAUGACAAAUUGAAAGAUGAUUAUCAUGAAUAUUUAAGCAUUUUUUUCCCCACAGUGGAAUAUUUUCAUUUUCUUUUGUUUUGUCCUUUUUGUCGGCUUGCUAGUCUUUAUUUAAACAAUUUUAUGAUGAAGCAGCCGUUGCAUUUUUUAGUUAAUUAUUAAUCGCAGUUAUAGCUUUACCAGUCUGUGCAAUCCAAGUAUGUAAGUACAAAAACAAAAAUUGACAUAGUUUGCCUUAGCUAAUGUAAUCAGGGCUUAGAAAAUCCUGCUAGCCCAUCCUUCAACAAGUUUGUGAAGCCUGCAGUCCUGAGAGCUGCUGGUAAUCAGAGGACCAUUUUUUCUAUUGUUAUCCAAUGACUGUAUAAGGUUUGAUUAACUGUAUGUGCUCAAAUUAUAAUCCUUUUGGUAUAGAUUGUCCUAAUGGCAGGUCAAGCAAUAAAAAAAGAUUUAAAUUCUUAAGUCUA